AUGAACGGAGUUCAAGUCAAGGACGGCAUUGGAAAAGGCGAAAACAAUAGUGGCAUGGCGGGCGAUAAUGAAGCGGUGGUGGAGUAUUGGAGCGCGCAGAUGGCGGGGUUGCUGGAGGACCUGCGCUCCGUGCGGAUUGGUGGCGCUGCGGAGAAAACGGGCGGCGCUAAGGACAUGCGAUGGAAGCCGUGCGAGCAGGCAGCAGAGUACCGCACUCUGCACCGGCCGGGGCCCAACGGCACGGCGAUCCACACGACGUGCAUCGAGGGCGUGGUGCAUGCGCCGGCCGAUGCCGCCCUCGCCAUGUCCUGCGAUGCUCCCUUCUUCAAGGAGUGGUGGCCCAACAUCACGAUGCCAUCGUACCGCUGUGAGGAGUCGAGGUACAUUAAGCGCGUGGGCGAGAACUUCCACCUCUCCUUCAUGCGGUUCAAGGUGCCAUGGCCGCUACCCCCGCAGGAGUUUGCGCUCAUCUUUGUGACGGUCUACGAUGCUGCCUCUGGCAUGACCGUAACCGUGCAGCGAACGCUGCCUGAGAACCCCGCGACUGCCGAUUUCACCAACCGCGGAUACAGCCGGGAGGACGCCCCCGCGCCCCUGCCUGGGCACAUGCGGAUGGGCAUCAGCGGGGGGUAUGCUGUGAAGGACAUGGGCGAGGGGCGAGCGCACAUGAGGUGCAUAUUCACGCUGGACCUCAAGUUCCCUCCCGCGCUCGUCAACUUCAUCAUCCAGCAGUGCGGUGGGAUCGUGUACCAGUGGUUCACAGAGGAGCUAGCCAGGAUAUACGACGAUCCCUCGAGCACCAAAGGAAAGGCGUUUCACCAAGCUCUCCACGACGAGCCCCUUUACAAUCACGUCCGGGCAGUCAUGGAGAAAUAUCGGGCUGCCCGGGCAGCUGAACAGCAGCAACUGGAGGCGGAGCAGCAGAGAAAGCACCAGGAACUGGUGGGCGGUCAGCAAAACGGGCAGGCAGCUGGGGAAAGAAUCCUCCUAGCCAGCAAAGAAGACGAGGAGAAGUCGUUUAGAGAGCUCGGAGCAGAGGUAGAGGCGAAGAUUGAGUCCCUUGUGGCAUCAGGGUCUAGAAGAGCGAGCAGCAAUGGCAGCAGCAUCGAUGGGGAUGGGGUAGAGAUUGUGGAGGCUGGGGAAUGGGGAGAUGUGGAGGCAAGACCAGGGGGGAAGGGCAUCGGGGCUGGGGAGGUGAAGGCAAGUGGAAGUAUGGAGGGAUUCCAGAUGGAUGGAGGAAGUCGAGCGGGUGGUCUUGAGACCGGGGUAGGAGCAGCAGGAGUAGCAGAUGGAGGGACAGGAGGAGGAGCAGGGGGAGCAGGGGAGAAUGUGGGGGCGGAGGCAGGGGGUGGUGUAAGCAGAGCUGCAGUGACUGCUGAGCUGCACAAAGGGCCUCAGGAAAGCAGUGGUGAAGCAGGUGGAAAGGGCGGGGCAGAUGGGGGGCUGAUCACCCCCACUGGACAGGCUGACCCUGUGCCCCAGAAGCACCAGAAGCUGCCGCUGCAGGAGCUGCACAAGAGUGGAUGGGGAAGGCUGCGGAGAGCUUUGUCUGCGCUACGGAAGACAGGCUGA